GCACGAUCUGGAAGAUUUGCGACGUGGUGCAUGGUCACAGCCGGAGCCACCCCGGCAGGAAGUGCCCCUGGUGACAGUGGCCGAGUUGGGCGAGCGAGCACGACCUGGCUUAGGCUGGCACCUGGUUCUGAAGGAUGACAUCCUCCGCUCUUAUUCCUCCCUGUGCCGGAACGCAGUGCCACAGGACCUGGCCUGGAGCUGGUUUGAGCAACUCCGCACACAGCUUCCUUGGCAGGACCUGUCAGACUCGCGCUACCAGGAAGAGGGAAAGUACAUGCCGCGCCGCACCAUCUUCACAGUUUUCUCUGGUUGCAACUGCACUUACAAGUACUCAGGUGUGGCAGUGAAGCCCACAGUGGAGCCCGACUUUGUGGCCAGAAUCCGUGAAUACUGCGUUGCGGUCUCUGGGCUGCCCACCCAGCCCAACUGCUGCAACAUCAAUUUGUAUCGAGACGGACGUGACUCUGUUGGGUGGCAUACCGACGAUGAGGAACUCUUUGAAGGGGGCUACAAUGACAUUUGCAUCCUCAGCUUGUCACUGGGUGCGACCAGAACUUUUGAGGUGAAGCACCAGCCGGGCAUUGCAGAACCAAGACGGAGCCACAAAGGUCCAGCAGAGACCUCUUUCGUGGUGAGGAAUGGCGACAUUUGCACCAUGGAGGGAAAAUUCCAACGCCACUACCUACAUGCAGUGCCAAAGGAGCCAUCUGUGAGAGAGGCAAGGAUCAACUUGACCUGGAGAUGGAUCACGAAGCACAAUCAGGUCGAUGGAUGUCCCCUGUGUGGACCUGGAAACUCCCGAAUGCCUUUAACGCCAUCUUUAUGCUGAUGCCACCAGAGCUAUCAGACCAAAUCAGAGACCUUUGACAACUUUGACUUUGUUGAGCACUGGUGGAGCGUACCUAUGCUGCGAUUCACUGGUGCGUCUAAAAUGAUGUUUGCAUAUAUGGUUGCCCUUUUCCCGAAAUGUAAGACGCCACAAGGCGUCCCAUGGCCAUUUUGAGCCUCCACAAUUGAAGGUAAUUCAUGCUCCUCCUUACUGUUUUCCUCAGUGAAGCUCAACACGCCUCACAUGCGAGAAAUGGAAGGGGAAUACUGCCCC